AUGGAGGCAAAGCUGGUGAACAAUGUGGCGACGGCAAUUUCCAACACUGGAGCGUCUGGAAUUGCGAUUGCCGAUCGGAAUGGUGUGCCGAUGUACACGACGGGAGACAUCAAACCAAUAGCCAACAUCGGCUCAUUGCUCAUCGCCGACGCCAAGAAUAUGUUCCCAAAUGGAACGAAGAACAAGAAGAAUCACAUUCCAAUCGUCACCCUUCACUCGUCCGACGGUUCGAAGACUACGGUAGCCAAUAAGCACGGAGAGACUGUAUCGAUUCAUUUCAGAAAAUAA